GCUGCCUCGCCCCCUCGCUGGUCCGUUUGUUUACGGGCCUUCGCCGUGCUGGGAAGGCCUUCCAUCUGCUGCCACCAGCAGCAACAGUGACUGCGGCAGUCCCACAGGAGAAGGGCCAGAGGGAGGUGAUGUUAGCGAGGAUUCAAGGACUCAUUUCCCCUUCCCCUCUUACCCUUCCUUCCCUCCUCCCCCGUUUUCUCCCAACCGUUUUGUCCACCCCCCACCCCAACCUCCCCUCCCCCCUCCUUUUUUAG